AUGCUCAACCGCUGGCCCGCUACUGCUUCUGCAUCCACAAGAACAAGGUGUGUUAGUGAUUCACUCGUUAAGCUCACCACCAACGUCACUCACCCCCAACUCGUUUCUCUCAACACCUACAUUGGAAAGUUUACCCACGGCGGAAGCUUCCACCUUACUAUCCAAUCUUUGAGUAUCCUCACGCCCAACGCCAAGCAUAAGAUUUGGCUCAAACCCACCUCCGUGAUGUCGUUUCUAUAUGGCAAUCAUGUUUUAAAAGGUGGGCUGGGGAGGAUUACCGAAAAUAUCACCUCCGAUGGCAAGGUUGAGGUGUUCUCCAUGUCAGAUAUGCCCUUGGAUUUUGGAAUUGCGACCAUGAAUACCCAAGAUUAUAGGAUGUUGGACUCAAAUGGGAUUGUGGUACUGCACCAGGCAGAUAUUGGGGAAGGUUUGAGGAUGGAGGAUGGGCUUUGA